AUGUUAGGCGAUCAAAAACCUUCACACCUUCUUAAUCAUAUGAAUAAUCUUAAUAACGGUCAGUGCAGCCCAGCGGUGCUCAGAUCUUUGUUUAUCGAGCAACUUCCUGUCUCUCAUAAAGCCAUUUUAGCCGCGAUUAACGAGCAAGAUUUGCAUAAGCUGGCCAAAAUAGCGGAUAGGAUUUCCGAGACUAAUAACCCGAAUACAUCGGUAGUACCGUUCGUCGUUACGGUAAACCAAGCGAAAAAUGUUGCACCCUCAUCUAGUAUCGAUAAAAAAUUAAACCAACUUACUAAGCAAUUCGCGGCCCUUAAUAAAGAGGUGUUUAAAUCGCGACUUGGAAAACUAAAAUCCCCUCCUCGCAACGAGACGGUCGGGGAUAACGGGGCGACUCAAAGCCGUCUUCACGUUUUCGACCGCAUUACAGGUCAACAAUUUCUUAUCGAUACUGGCGCGGAAAUUUCAAUUCUCCCCGCAACGCUGCGCGAUAAAAAAACGCCGUCUGAACUUAAAUUAUUUGCGGCUAAUAAUACUAAUAUUGACACCUAUGGUGAACGUCGCCUUGCUUUAGAUUUCGGUCUUCGGCGACCUAUAGUUUGGAAUUUUCGCGUAGCAGCAGUCUCUAAUGCAAUCUUAGGUGCGGAUUGUCUAAAACAUUAUCAACUUCUGGUUGACUUACACAAGCGUCGACUUAUCGAUACGUGCACUAAGCUCUUCACUGCGGGUGAAAUUCGAGUCGUUCGCGAAAAUAAGAUAUCAACGGUAAAUCGCGAAGCUAAUUUCGCAAAUAUUCUUUUAGAAUUUCCGGAGAUAACGGGAGUUAGUCAGCUAAUUCCAUUUGGAACACGUGAUGUUGAACAUCACAUUCUAACUUCCGGUCUGCCAGUCACAGAACGUCCUCGACGUUUGCCGCCGGAUAAAUUGGCGGCAGCUAAAGCGGAAUUUAAACGUUUUGUGGAGUUAGGCAUUUGCAGACCUUCUAGUAGCCCUUGGUCUAGCCCUAUUCACCUCGUUCGCAAAAAGAACGGUGAGUGGCGAGUAUGCGGUGAUUACCGCCGGGUAAAUGCGAUAACCGUUCCAGAUAAAUAUCCCGUUCCUCAUCUCCAUGAUUUUUCUGCCAAUCUUGCAGGAAAAACCAUUUUUUCGGUUUUAGAUUUUUUUAAAGCAUACCACCAGAUACCGGUGGCUAAAGAAGAUGUACCUAAAACGGCCGUCAUUACCCCAUUCGGGUUGUUUGAAUACGUUUACAUGACUUUUGGUCUUCGCAACGCGGCGUAAUCGUUUCAGCGUUACAUUCA